AUGGAAAAAGAGCAACAUCGUUCAGUGAUUCGAUUCCUUCAUUUGGAAGGGAAAGCGUACGAGGAAAUCAAAGAUCGGUUGGUAGCUGAUUACGAGGACCAUGCACCUUCGAUGACGACCAUCAGAUAUUGGUUCAAUGAAUUCAAACGGGGCCGAACAUCAGUGUUCGACGAGGGCCGCUCAGGACGUCCGAAAGAGGUGACUACGGAGGAUAUGGUCAUUAAAAUCCAUGAUAUCGUGUUGGCCGAUCGCCGAGUGAAGAUAAAAAAGAUUGCUGAGAUGGUAGACAUGCCAUACGAACGCGUGCACAAUAUUUUACAUCAACAUUUGAAGAUGAAAAAGCUAUCGACAAGAUGGGUUCCCCGUUUGCUGACAGUGGAUCAAAAACGAAAUCGUGUGACAACUUCGAAGGAAUGUCUGCACCUAUUCAAGGCAAAUACAAACCAGUUUCUGCGGCGAUUCGUAACCGUUGACGAAACCUGGAUCCACCACUAUACACCAGAAACUAAGGAACAGUCGAAGCAGUGGACUUCUCCAGGCGAACGUGCUCCGAAAAAGGCGAAGGCGGUGCCAUCGGCCGGAAAGGUUAUGGACACUGUUUUUUGGUAUUCCCAAGGAAUAAUCCUCAUUGACUACUUGGAAAAUGGUAAGACAAUAACAGGGCAAUACAACAGUGAAUUAUUGGAUCGAUUUGACGCCGCAUUCAAGGAAAAACGCACCCUUCCGUACCGGAAAAAAUUGCUCUUCCACCACGACAACGCACCAGCUCAUUCAUCAGCAGUCGCCACAGAAAAAUUGGUCGAAUUGGGCUACGAAUUGCUACCUCACCCACCAUAUUUACCCGAUCUAGUACCGUGUGACUUCAUAUCAUAUUUUUUACAAGGCAUCAAAAAGUUGGAAUAUCGCUGGGCUAAGUGUAUCCAGCUAAAAGGAGACUAUGUUAAGAAAUAA